UCUCCUAGCCAAAUGCUGACCAAUGCUAGCCCUCCUUAGCCUUCAUGAUCUGUCAAGAUCAGGCUAGCCAGGACCGUCCAGAGUGGUGGCCAGUUUCUGGAUUUGCUGCUUUCUGGUCCCUUUCACUGGGAGAGGUGCGCUUCCGAAGGCCCGUAACAUUCUCCCUUGUGCUCUGUCUCUGUUGUGAAUAUCAAAGGUGUAGAUCUGCCAGGGAUCUUCAUCUGAUAGAGAUCUCUCCUGCGGAACACAUGUUCUUUGGCAGUCUUUCUGCAUUGCUGACAGCGUUCUUGAGAAAGCAGAUUGCCCAAGGAACUUGGCCCUACUGACAGAACUAGCUACUCACAGUGAUUUUUUAAAACCCUUUUUGCAAACCAAGCUCUGGCCUAGCUGUGAUCCAUCUCUCUUGUUUCUUGUGGUUUUAGAAUUUGGCACCCCCAUUAUUCUUGUUUGUUUGUUUUUCUGAUGGCUCAGGGCAGCAUCGAGUAGGAACUCUUAAAAGAUUUCUUCUCGGCAGUCGGCAAGAUGUCCACCACAAAAGUGCCAAUCUACCUGAAGAGGGGGAGCCGGAGAGGGAAAAAAGAGAAACUUCGAGAUAUCCUCUCCUCCGAUAUGAUAAGCCCGCCGCUGGGUGACUUCCGGCAUACGAUCCACAUAGGGAGCGGUGGAGAAAACGACAUGUUUGGUGACAUCUCUUUCCUGCAAGGGAAGUUCCAUCUCCUGCCGAGGACGGAGAGCAGUUUGAGUGCAGAUGGGGCUGGCCACUAUGUAGUCCCUUUUGAGUUCUCAAGGACUGCUACUGUCUCUGGUUAUGAUCCGCCACCUCUGGACAUCCCAUCACCUCUCCUAAAGAAUGCAAUCUCUCUGCCAGUCCUUGGUGGCCCGCAGGCAUUAACUUUACCUUCUGCCCAAGCCCCUCCCAAACCACCACGCCUCCACCUUGAUGACAAAGGCCAACCAGCUCACCAGCCCAAGGACCCUGCAGAGAAUCCAGCCAAUGGCACUCGGACUGCGGAGACCCGUCAUGCCCCCAACGGCAAGUGUGUGCCCACUCUGAAUGGGUUUGCUGAGGAAGAACACAAAGGGGAGCCUUUGAUGUCCAAUGCUGGCUCCAUGCUUUCUCUACACGUGGACUUGGGACCGUCCAUUUUGGACGACGUUCUCCAGGUGAUGGAGAAGCACCAAACUGGGACUGUGGGUGCUCUGUUGCAAGACACCAACAGGCAGCAGAUCCUGACGUGAUGAGGAGGGGUGUCCAUCAGAAAGGACUCACUGGUCCCUCCUUCCCAGGAACAGCAUUGUGUAGAGAAAGACGUGUGUUGCUGUUAACUGAAUAACCUAAACUGGACUGUUGUUGUGUGAGUGAGAACUUUGGGUACAACAUCACUAAUAGCAAUCCUUUGAGCGUCUGCCUCUUGUUUUAUCGACACUGCUAAGAUUUGGGUGGGGACUUUGCUCGCUUUCUGCAGGAUCUCCCCCGCCCCAUGCUACUGAAACGUGUAUAGGAAAAAAAAGCAAUAAAUUCAUCAGCAUCUGUUA